AUGAAAAAUAAAAAGAUAUACAAUUUUUGGAAUAAUUUAGGUGGAAAUGGUGGAAGUCCGCAGUCGGGUAAUUCACCGAACAACGGAUCACCUGUAAACUCUAGAAAUUCCAAACAUCAAAACGAUUCAGAAAACCAGGAUGCCAGCAGCGGAGGUUCUGGAAAUGGCAGUGGAGGUGGUAGCAGCAGUAAUCAGGUAUUCAAUGUACAUUUGAACGAGUUGUUCAAGCGAUUCAAUAGAAUCAAUGAGGACGAUCUCGUGCCAAACAUUGCAUAUCACAUCACCACGAAUAUCAGAGAGUUGGGUGGAUUGACCACUGAGGCAUCACUCCUAAAGCUAUUCAUAAGAGAACUACCGGAUCCACUCCUUACAUUUGCACUCUAUGAAUCUUUUGUUAAAUCACACAAUGGUAGUUAG